AUACUCGUAGAGUACGUUGGAGAGCUCAUUGCCGAGGCGACGGUUGAUAGCCGCGACGACGUGGCAACCCACCGCGGCCGCGGGUACGUGUUUGGGAUGAACGCUGAAUACUCGGUGGACGCUUCGUACGCGGGAAAUGCAGCGAGGUUUAUCAAUCACGCCCCAAAAUCGAAAGCGAACUGUGUAGCGCAAGUGAAACUGGUCAACGGAGACCAUCGCAUCGGCAUAUACGCC